AUGCGUCUCUCUGCCCAUUUGCCUCAACACGGCCCUUCUACGCAUAAUUUCAGCAAGAAGAUUAAUGAUCGGAGACGAAAUAUUCUGUUCGUCCAACCAGACACAUUAUUUUGUCAUUUGCUCAUGAAGCCACUCAACACAAACCACCACCCUCACCACCCUCGCAAGAAUGCGCCUGACAAAUUAUAUCGUGUGAAGAAGACAAUCUCACAGGAUGGCUCUUGUCAAGAAGAGCAAAUGAACCGGAAAUCAUAUAUAUUUCAGGUUCAAGAAAAAAUCCGAGAGAGAUCGAAUCGCAAGUCUAGCUUAAAUUCGAGUCGAUCCGAGUCCUCAGCGACGUCCCCCAAAGAUACAGUAUCCGAACUUGACCCUACUGAAAUUAGUUCUCAUUCUGGAGCGUACGAAAGAUCAAUAUACGAUGAGCCAGCGGAAGAUUUGAAAGGGAAAAAGCCGAGCACGGAAGCCACUUCCGCCACGGAGGCGAUCCCAGCGAGCGGAGGAAACACGCCAAUCUCAUUCCAACCCAAUGUGAAUCGAUCAAAGACAAAACGAUGGGUAGAAGCCAAACAAUACUCAUAUGACGGUGGAGACUGGGGUGAUGAGGAUGAUGAGGAUGAUGAGGAUGAUGAGGAUGAUGAGGAUGAUGAGGAUGAUGAGGAUGAUGAGGAUGAUGAGGAUGAUGAGGAUGAUGAGGACGAGCCCCCAGUACCAGCAGCCGUGCCCCGACCUCCAUAUGCAAGCCAAAGAACUGGCAGUUCCUCCGAGUUGAGCUCCAGACGCCUGUCCGGUCUAAUGCUAGGAGGUGAGAAUGAGAAUCGCGGAGCUACAGCCAAUUUGUCAGAGCAAGCGGAGAAAGCGGGAGUUGACGAAUGA